AUGAAUAGUACCACGGGCACUGUCAACUUCAAAGUCGGUGACGAGACAUACCAAACCUGGUACAACGUCAUUGGUGACCUCAAUUCAGGCAAACGGCCACUUAUUGAUUCUCUAUACGGCAUCCCAGUCAUCUUCUACGAUCAACUCGGCAUCGGAAAAUCUACCCAUCUUCGCGACAAACCUGCCGAAUUCUGGACCCCAGAACUAUUCAUGGACGAACUCGACAACCUUCUCGUGCAGCUUGGUGUCGAGAGUGACUUUGAUCUUCUGGGGCACUCGUGGGGAGGGAUCUCUCCACCCUCGGAGCAACUGUGGGACGAGAGUAUGCUGGGAUAUCUGGAAGCUUUUCCGGUAGAGUUCAAGGAGAUGGUGUUGAAACAUGAGAGAGAAGGCACCGUCUCAUCGGCGGAGUACCAAGCAGCCAUCCAAGUUUUUAUGAACAAGCACACAUGCCAGACGAUACCCUGGCCCGAAGAGCUGGUUGCUUCGUUUGCUUCCGUGGAAGAAGAUCCCACCGUGUCGAAUGCCAUGUCAGGGACCGCACAAUUCCACUCGAUUGGUUCAUUGAGAACUUGGUCAGUGAUUGACCGCCUUCAUCGUAUUCCAUGCCCCACACUCGUCACGAAUGGGCCUGAAGAGGGAGCUCAGGACUACGUGAUUGCUCCUUUCAUCGAGAAAAUACCUAAAGUUAAGUGGGUCAGGUUCGCGAAGAGUCAUAUCGCGUUCUUCGAGGAUAGGGAUUAUUACUUCAAGGCAAUCGGUGAUUUCUUGAGGGUAGACUGA